UCGAAAGAUAUGAGAAAACAGUUGAUGUAAAAAAAAAAAUAAAUAAUUGUUAUAAAAAAGUAUUGCGAUUUGUUAUAUGUAAAGGGAAUUUGCGAGUUUCUCAGCCAAUCAGAAGUCUCGCUUACUCAGCGAAUGAUAGUUGAAGUCAUGCGGUAUCGGUCUUACAUCGCCCUAUGCAAGUGACACCAAAAUUAGAUAGGUUAUGAGUAUAACCGUAAUAUUCGUUAAUAUUAUAUAUAUAACAAUAUUUAAUAUUAUAUUAACGUAAUUUUAAACAUUAUGUCGGACUCGGAAUUAGAUCUACCCGUAGGUCGAAGUUAUGAAGAAAUAUUGAAACAGCGACAAGAUGACGAGGGAUAUAAAACAGCAACCACAAACGAGCAGGCUCGUGUCGAGGAGACAGUGCUAAAGUUUUAUCAAUCGUGCAAAGAUACGGAUCCUAUUUUACUUAGGCCAAAGCAUGUGCACUUUUUAAAAAAAUCAAUCACUCACUUAAGUGAAACCUACGAGUGCUUAGACUCCAGCAGACCAUGGCUUUGUUUUUGGAUAUUGCAUUCGCUUGCGAUAUUAGAAGAUCGCUUGGAGAAUGAGGAAUAUUCCAAGAUAGCAGGGUUUCUAGCCAAAUGUCAAUCACCGACAGGAGGUUUUGGGGGAGGUCCAGGACAAUAUCCACAUUUAGCUUCUACGUAUGCAGCAAUAAAUGCGUUAUGCACUAUUGGUACACAGGAGGCAUACAAUGUGAUAGAUAGGAAGAACUUAAAACGCUUUCUGUCUUCCUUACGCGGAGAGGAUGGUUCUUUCUGUAUGCACGAAAACGGCGAGGUAGACAUACGGGGAGCUUAUUGCGCUCUUGCCGCUGCUAAACUGACGAAUGUAUAUACACCGGACAUGUUUAAGGAUACCGCCGAAUGGAUAGCCAAGUGUCAGACGUGGGAAGGUGGUUUUGGCGGUUGUCCAGGAAUGGAGGCUCACGGUGGAUACGCUUAUUGCGCUCUGGCAGCACUCGUAAUGCUCGGGAAAACAGAGCUGUGCAAUUUACCAGAACUGUUGAGAUGGAUAGUAAAUAAACAAAUGCGUCUGGAGGGUGGUUUCCAAGGACGUACGAACAAAUUGGUGGACGGUUGCUACUCUUUCUGGCAAGGUGGAACGUUCCCAUUAAUCUCUGCUAUCUUGUCAACGGGAAAGACGUUCAAUGCUUCCGACCACUGGUUGUUCCAUCAAGAGGCCUUACAAGAAUAUAUAUUAACUUGCUGUCAAAACCCACAUGGCGGUCUUUUAGACAAGCCAGGAAAAAAUCGCGACAUAUAUCACACAUGUUAUGUUCUUAGUGGAUUAUCAGUUGCGCAAAACUCACCGAUAAAGUCGAUUAUCGGAAUGAGACAUGCAAAUAAAGUGGAAGUAAUCCAUCCUGUUUACAAUGUGGAAUACUCUGCUGCAAAAAAAGCACAAGAGUAUUUUCUUACUCUUCCAAUACCUGAUUGAUUGAGUGUCUUAGCUAUUUACAAAAAUAUAUUCACCAUAUUUGUAUGUUUUUCCUAAAAAGAAGAAAAAAAAAAAUCCCAAAGAGAAAGUGGAACAUUUGAACUGACCAAUGAUGUCUAUGUAGAAAGUUAUUUGUACAUGAAUAUCCAUAAUUUUGUGAUAAGGAAACAUACAAAAAGUCACAUUAUACCAAUGUGUAUUGUUUGACACUGAAAAUUCAAAAAGAUUGCAUCUUUUCCCUAUCCUAAUUUUAUGGUAAUAAAGUCUAUGA